AUGGAUCCGUCAAUGCUCGAGGGGUUCAACGACGAGGACAAGGCAAAGAUGACGUCGAUGAUCGACGCCAUGCAGACGCGAGACUCGCUGCGAAUGUAUAACAACUUGGUCGAGCGGUGCUUCUCGACGUGCGUGCAGUCGUUUCGUAGGAAAACGCUCGAGCAAGACGAGGAGAAGUGCGUGUCAAAGUGUUGCGAGAAGUUUUUAAAGCACAGCGCUCGGGCGAGCGUGCGGUUCGCCGAGCUUAACGCGGCGUCCAUGCAGGAGGCCAUGGCGCAGGCGGGCGAGCCGGCGGGGAAGUAG